AUGUCCGACAAGAACGUGGGAGAUUGGGUGUUAAGUACGAGGAAGCUAGAGGCUGAAUCCGAGGCAAGGAUUCGAGAUGCUUAUGUUGAUGUGAACUUGAAUGUUGUCGGCCGUGACAGAGCCGGCAGGGGCCAGGGGGAGAUCCAUCAAGACUUUGACAAGGUUACUGUUGGUUACUUUACUUGCUCAAACGCUUGGCUUUAUCAGAAUUGUAGACCCAAGGUACUCAUUAAGUCCAUACCAGAGACUUUGCUGCUUUUUCUGAUAAAUCAAGACUGA